CCCUUCUCUCUAAAGCCGGCCGGAAGGGCGUUCUCCUGCAGCCUUGAGAGUGGUUGCGCCGGGAUGGCGGCUGUAGCGGCUCCUGCAGGCAACGACCCUGGCGUGGACACCCGGCUGGAUCAGGAGAUUGACCGAUGGCUGCGAUGGGACAAGAAUCCUUUAACUUUAGAGUCAGUAAAACAACUAGUUACAGAAGGUAAGAAAGAAGAACUACAAAAAUGUUUUGGAGCCCGCAUGGAGUUUGGGACAGCUGGGCUUCGAGCUGCUAUGGGGGCCGGAAUUUCUCAAAUGAACGACUUGACCAUCAUUCAGACAACACAGGGAUUUUGCAGAUACUUGGAAAAACAGUUCAGUGACCUGAAGCAAAGAGGCGUAGUCAUCAGCUUUGAUGCUCGAGCUCAUCCAGCAAGUGGAGGCAGCAGCAGAAGGUUCGCCCGACUUGCUGCAACCACAUUUAUCAGUCAGGGCAUUCCUGUGUACCUCUUUUCUAAUAUAACCCCAACUCCCUUUGUGCCCUACACAGUAUUGCAUUUGAAACUUUGUGCUGGAAUCAUGAUAACUGCUUCCCAUAAUCCAAAACAGGAUAACGGUUACAAGGUCUACUGGGAUAAUGGAGCUCAGAUCAUCUCUCCUCAUGAUAAAGGGAUUUCUCAAGCUAUUGAAGAAAAUCUGGAGCCAUGGCCUAAAGCUUGGGACGAUUCUCUGAUUGAUGGCAGUUCACUUCUUCAUGACCCGAGUGCUUCCGUCUAUAAAGACUACUUUGAAGACCUUAAGAAAUACUGUUUUCGUAGGAGCGUGAACAAGGAGACCACGGUGAAGUUUGUGCACACUUCUGUGCACGGCGUGGGUCAUGACUUUGUGCAGUCAGCUUUCCAAGCCUUUGAUUUUGCUCCUCCUGAGGCUGUUCCCGAACAGAAAGAUCCUGAUCCCGAGUUUCCAACCGUGAAAUACCCAAAUCCCGAAGAGGGAAAAGGCGUCUUGACUUUAUCUUUUGGUCUGGCCAACAAAACCAAGGCCAAAAUUGUUUUGGCAAAUGACCCAGAUGCUGAUAGACUUGCUGUAGCAGAAAAGCAAGACAGUGGUGAAUGGAAAGUGUUUUCAGGCAAUGAGUUGGGAGCUCUUUUGGGCUGGUGGCUCUUUACCUCUUGGAAAGAAAAGAACCAAGAUCUCAGUGCCCUCAAAGACACGUACAUGUUAUCCAGCACUGUGUCCUCCAAAAUCUUGCGGGCCAUUGCCUUAAAGGAGGGUUUUCAUUUUGAGGAAACAUUAACUGGCUUUAAGUGGAUGGGAAACAGAGCCAAACAACUAAUAGACCAAGGGAAAAAUGUUUUAUUUGCAUUUGAAGAAGCUAUUGGUUACAUGUGCUGCCCUUUUGUUCUGGACAAAGAUGGAGUCAGUGCCGCAGUCAUAUGUGCUGAGUUGGCUAGCUUUCUAGCAACCAAGAAUUUGUCUUUGUCACAGCAGCUGAAUGCCAUCUAUGUGGAGUAUGGCUACCAUAUUACCAAAGCUUCGUAUUUUAUCUGCCAUGAUCAAGGCACGAUUAAAAAAUUAUUUGAAAACCUUAGAAAUUAUGAUGGGAAGAAUAAUUAUCCAAAAACUUGUGGCAAAUAUGAAAUUUCUGGCAUUAGGGACCUCACAGCUGGCUAUGAUGACAGCCAACCUGACAAAAAACCUGUUCUCCCAACUAGUAAAUGCAGCCAAAUGAUCACCUUCACCUUUGCCAAUGGAGGCGUGGCCACCAUGCGGACGAGCGGGACAGAACCCAAAAUAAAGUACUACGCGGAACUGUGUGCCCCACCUGGAAAUAGGGGUCCUGAGCAGCUGAAGAAGGAACUGAAUGAUCUAGUCAGUGCUAUUGAAGAACAUUUUUUUCAGCCACAAAAAUAUAACCUGCAGCCAAAGGCAGAGUAAAAUAUUCCAGCUUUACACUUGCCUAUAAUUAAGCUGAACUUGAUCUGUUAAGCCAAGUAUCACUAUAAGUAUUUUGAAUAGACCUAAAUUCCUCAUUGUUUUUCAUUUAAUUUUUAAGGUGACUGAAGAACAGAUGGCCAAAUCUAACAAAUAAACAUUCCUAUUAAAAGGUUGAACCUGGGCAUCAUCUAAGUUUAAAAAAGGAUUUUUUAAAAAAAAUAACUAAUUUUCAAAUAUAGUAUUGUAAUAAAUAUGCCUUAAUUUGCAUAAAUCAUAAAUGUAUGUCUUCUCUGGAAUUCUUUUUUGUGUAAUUGCAAUAGCCAGAAAGCUUAUACAAUUACCAAAUUCUGGAGUCUCAUUUAGGUAUAUAUAUAAUUUACAUUUCUAUCAUUUGCUUAUAAAGUAAAAUAAACAUCAAACAUUAUGUUCAUCUUUGGGGAGCAUUCAAUUCACAGGAACUUGUAGAGUAAAAGACACUUUAAAAAGGUUCAUUUUUAAAAUCUUAUUUGAAAGUUAUCUAAAAAUUUUAGUUCUAAUAAACAUAUCAUUGUACAUUGUAUAUGUGCUAGGAAAAAACAGCUUAACCAUCUUUGUUUGAUGUGCUAAAUUCACUUUAUCUCUUUAGAUCUGGAAAACGAAAUAACUAGUUAUUUGAAACUUGCAAAGUAGUUUUUUUCUGUCAUUUUUUGUUUUAGCACAAUUUAAUGUAAUUCUUGGUCUUGCUGCAGCUAGGACCAUGGGCAGUAACUAUUUAUCUGAACUUGACUUUAGCCUUGAUUUUUGUGAUCAAAAUCUAAAACAAGACUUUAUGUUAAUAGAUCUUUUCUUUUUUAACCUGUGCCUUCUACUCUCCUUGUAAUUCAUGGCCUUACCACCUUCCAGGGUGACUGCAAUUUGAGCACCAUGAGCUAGGACCAAACUGUUCUUUAUAUAUUUUAUGUGUUUAUAUCAUUUUCUAUUUUUAAAGCAACAGUUGCCCAUUAUUAUUAUUAUGGUUAACCAAAAGGGUUAUUAACAGUUUCAGAACAAUGAAAAAUUACCAUACCCCUGACAAAUCAUUUUUCUCAAGGAAUGAAAUUUUUUAUAUCUCAUUAAUACAUAGUUUGUGUACUAUCAGAACUCUUAAAUCUACAGUAUUCAAUAUAUUCUAUCAGCUGCUUCAUGUAGAAGCCAUAUUUAUUUAUUUAUUUUUAUGUUUUCUAGUCUCAAACUAGACUCUGGGAAAAGGAAAUGUUAGAUCUGUGUCCCCUCUACAAACAUAAUUUUUGAAUCCCUAUCCUGUACCCUAUCACAGAGUUUGUUUCUGGAAAUUCAAAGGUGACUGAGACCCACCUUUGUGAUGAAGCUCACAAUCUAGUUGGUGGGCUUAUAAGUAACUAUAAUACUUACAAAUUCUAUAAUGAAGUUUUUUAGCAAAGUACCCAGGGUUCAGAAGUAUGAGAGAGGGAUCCGUUCUGCCCAGAGAAAGCUCAUAGAAGAGGUGAGGAAUGAGCUGCUGUCACACCUUCAGGGGUGAGUAGCUGCCAGAAAUGGGGGAGAAGGCACAGCCACACCUAAAGUAUAGAGGUGCGGGGAAGGGAAUGAAGUGAGGAAGGAGAAACUGGGAAAACAGAAUGCAGAUGUGAACUCAGGACGUGCCUCAGUUGUCUGCCACUCAUAUGAGAAGAUGAUGUAGUUGGUCCCCCAACUCUAUUUCUCACUUGUAUUUCUAAGAGAUAGUACACCAUGGCUGCUCAUUAAGUAUUUCUUCACUUUUUUCCUGUUAUUAUGGUGCAUAAAGCUUGCAAAAUAAGGGCUGCUGGGUUCCAAUUUUAGUCGGCUGUGAACCAGCUCUGUGACCUUGUUCAAGUCACUUAACCUCUCAAAGCCCCAAUUCUGUCAUUUUUUAAAUGAACAGAUUGUACUAAUUGGUUUCUAAGGCCGUUUCAUGGCUACAGAUUAUUAAAUUACAUGGAAAUCCAUAAAGGGUGACCAUCAGCAACAGUCAGUCAUUGACAGUUCUCUGGCAAAUACUUACCUAUAGCUUUCUAAUAAGACCUAAUGUCUAAGAUAGAGAAAAAAGUACUUUGCACCAGAAAGGGGCCUUGUGUUCAUGUCUUGCGUUGCCACCUGAAAGGUGUGUGUACUGAAAUUGGGAACCAGAAAGCAGAACCACAUGGCAUGCAGAGGUAGUGAAAGUGCUUUGCAUGAAGUAAGGCUGUGCUUCUGUCCUGUGAUCAGGACUGAGUGCUGUCACAGCAGCCUGAUCUGUGUUCCAAAAGCUAAACCUGCUUGGAGAAGACAGUUCAAUUUGAGUGGAGAACAUUUUUUCCUGGUGUCCAAAAAGAUUGUGUCCCAAAUUAAGUCUGAGAGAGAGACAUGGAGGAGGAAUACAGUCCAACUGUUUAUCUUUGUCUUUGUGGUCCCUAUGAAAUCUAAGCCUUUCUUUUAAGAAACAGUGGGAGUACCUUCCAUUUAUUUAUCUCAUUGAUAUCUCCAUCAUGCUAUUAAGAGGAACUAUUGUUAUUUCAUUGAUACUGGAAAUUCAUGUGACUUUAAAAAUAAAGGCUUUACAUGAUGGAACGACAAA